AGCAAGGUGCAAAAUUGCAACCUGUUGUUAUGGUUACCUUUUAUGGAAACAAAAAUAAACAAACAAAAAGAAAAAUUAAAUGAUAUACAAAAUCAUAUCUUUAAAAUAGAAAAAGUUGUACGAUAAGAACCUAAAGACCUUCAAUUCAAAAAAUUAUCAUCAAAUGAUGGAUUGGGCAGAAGAAUUAAAACUUUCAAUAAGAAAGACAACAGCUCGAAAGGGACGUCGUUCGAGUCAACAGAAACAACAAUCAGGUUCUUCAACAACUACUCCAGAAAAGGAUAUAUCACUUGACCUGAGCAUCGAUAUCAAUCAAGACACAACAACUGAUUCCUCCGAUUCGAAAUUACCACCAAGACGAAUAUCAGGAGGAUGGGCUGAUAGUGGAUUGAAAUCAUCAAAGAACCGGAACAAAAAUUUACUGGAAGAUGAAAGAUUUCGUCAUUCCCAAAAAUCAUCGGAUAGCUCACCCCCGGAAGAUGAUAUUCCCAUCAUACCGGAUUUGGAUGAUGUUAAAGAUGAGAUAAUUAUGAACGAAAUUGUUGAACCACCUUCAGUUGUUGUUGAUCGUGUUGUAACUUUAAAAGAACUCAACUCCGAUUUACUGUCUCAGAAUGCCUUUUCCGCUAUUGAAGACGUUGACUUAACCAUCCUAACAAGAUGUCUCCAAACUCAAGAUAGCUUAGAUGAAGAAGAUGAAGUAUGGGAAUGGGAUAAGCUCUUCACCGAUGUUACAGCUGAGAUACAUUCUGAUAAGACAACAAUCGAUGCUAAAAUUGAAAUAGCUGCCGAUGAAAUAACUCACACCUUCGCUUAACUUACAAAACAAAGUUUGUUUGAUAAAAAACAAAGAAAAGAUUGUUCGUCUUUAUUUAGUUUACCUACAAGUAAAUAUACAUUUAUAUUUAAUUUUUAUAUAUCUAAGUAUAAUUCAUGUAUAAAAUUAAGUAAUUAAAAAAAUUGCUUAAAAAUAAA